GUUUGCAGAUACUUUGUUGGGGAUUCUAAUAAUAUCCUCAACCAUGUAACUGUUGAAAUUAGAACUGAUAGUUUUAUUAAUUCUAAAUUUAGUUUAGCUAGUCAUUAGAAAAUAAACAUCCAUUUGUGUUGCCUUGUGUAAAAAAAAUAAUUGUUAUCUUAAUGGAAACAAAGAUAUUUGAAUCAGAUGCUGGAAUAACUGGAAUAAACUGAAAACACUGGACUGUGCAUGGCGUCAUUUUCCAGUUAUGAUCUGCAGCAAUGAUGUGGUUCCUCCUUCUUCUCAGCUUCAUCUUUUACUCUGAGCUGGUGAUCUUACACAUAGAAGGUGAGAACAGGAUCAUUCUGAGAAAUGGAAACAAUCCGUGUGAGGGCCAUGCUGAAGUCUACUAUAACAACCAAAGGGGCUACGUUGGAGAUAAAUACUGGGACAAGAACACUGAAACUGUGCUGUGCAAAAGCACUCACUGCGGGACACCUAAACCUGAAAUGACAAAAGAUGUGCAAAGGGACACUGCACGCAAAGUGUGGCUCAAUGAACUGAGAUGCAGUGGAAACGAGAGUAAUCUGUGGAACUGUACAUGUCCUGGUUGGGGCAUCAGCUCUUACCGCAAGCACACUGUGAAAAAGAUCACAUGUUCAAAUAAAAUUGAAAUAGGCCUGGAUAGCUUUCAGUGUGCGGGAGCUGUCCGGUACUCCAUAAACGGGAAAAUGGGUUAUUUUUGUAAUAACAACUGGGGAAAAAAUCAAGCAGACAUUUUAUGUCAAAACCUCGAUUGUGGUAAAUCCAAGCAGACUGAUGUUCAUCAGUGGAUGGGUAAAUGGAAUGAUUUCGAAAAAUUAGAGAAGAUGAUAAUCAACUGUCCAAGCAAUCUACCCAUUGAUAAUCUGUGGCAGUGUGUAACUAAGAAUGCACAAAGCUGCACACCCGCUACUGUAAUAUGUGAAGAUCAUAGUCGACUGCAGCUUAAAGGAAGCCCAUCAAAUGUCUGUUCUGGGCAGCUGGAAAGGGAGGUAAAGGGAAAGUGGGAGCCUUUUAACACAGCCAAAGAGGAGAGAAACCCUGAUGUGUGGUGCAACCAAAUGUACUGUGGUACCAGCGUCAGUGACAGUUUGAAUAGCACUGACAAUGGGCUAAAAUGCACAGACAAUGUUAGUGUCGUUCUAUUGGACGGCGAUAAACCCAGCAAGUGCUAUGGUGCAGUUCAUAUUAACGUGAGUGGAUCAAGACACUCAGUGUGCGGCUCCACCUGGACUGAAAAAGAAGCUGAGGUUGUUUGCAAAGAGCUAAACUGCGGGAAGUUGAUACAUUUUGAAAAGGCUCAGAAGUCUAAAGAACGAGGGAUAAUGGACAAUGUGAAUUGCUUAGGCAGUGAGUCCUCACUGUGGCACUGCCAGGCCAAGCAUAACGACGCUCUCGAAUGUUCGACCAGUGCUUAUGUAACCUGUGCAGACAGCGUAAAUGUGACACUGGAAGAUGGUCCUGGAAAAUGUGCUGGGAGAGUGGAGAUCCUGUAUAAAGGCACAUGGAAACUAGUAGAUACAAAUUCAUGGACAAAAACCAAUUCACAUGUUGUCUGCAAACAAAUGAAUUGUGGGAAUGCCAUGGACCCCACCAAUUCUGAAAAAUUCACCCAGGGUUCAGUUAAAGAUUUCCUCACUCAGACUUUGGAAUGCAAGCCAAACACCGCAACCAUAUCUGAGUGUUUUACAAAGAAUCCUAACAACCGCCCCAAUAAGGAGGCAGUGGGAAUAACCUGCAGCAAGAACAAGUUGCUAUUUCUGGAUGGAGAGAAUCCCUGUUCUGGCAAAGUAGGGAUAGAACAGGGAGGAAAAACCUUCUGGCUGUCUGGGUCUAACAAGACAUGGAACCAAGAGGCUGCAAACAGUGUGUGUCAGCAGAAGCACUGUGGGAUUGCCUCCAACUUCUCCGCCAUUAACUCUACGGGGGAAAAAGUUUGGAAUGAAUCAUACAACUGCUCGCCCAACACCACACCUCUGUUUGAAUGUAAAACCACGACGAACCCACCUGAUGACAAGACGUCCAUUGCCGAAGUGACUUGUUCAGGCACAAUCAAAGUAAACCUGACCAACAAGUGCUGGGGGAAUGUCAUGGUUUGUUUGGAUGGGGAGUGCGGAGGCGUGUGUGCAGAUUCCUGGACAUCAGAACAAUCCAUGAUGCUGUGUAAAAGCCUAAACUGUGGGGAGAAAGUCCUAAGGGACAUUAAGCAGGCUAAAGAAAGUAGAGUGACUGUCAAGAGUUUGCAUUUUACAAAGCAUACUAAAAGCCUGGCCCAGUCGAACUUUGUUAAGAGCAAUGGAGGCACCUGUAAACCAGCCCAUGUUGUUUGCUCAGGUUGUGUCAAACCCAAGUUUACGGAUUCCAAAGACAAAUGUUCUGGAAAUGUGGAAAUUUACUAUGAAGGCGACUGGCUCCCAGUGUGCUCGACUGCUCUUCAAAACAAAGAAGCACAAGAUGUGAUCUGUGGUGAGCUGGAAUGUGGUCAGGCCAUCAGCGCGACUGAGUACUUCGGACCUAGAUCAAAGACGGGUCACGUCAUUUCACAACUUCAGUGCUCACUUGACUCAAAGCUAUUAAAAGCAUGUAACUUCACUGUUCAAGGUAGCACAUCCUGCAUUCCUGCCACCCUCCAGUGCACUGACUGGGCAAGGAUGAAAGUCAGCGAGACCUGUGAGGGAGCUGUGUCUGUUUACACGAAUAAAACCAAUAGUGCUGUUUCCAGAAAAGGCUGGACAGAAUCAGAAGGGACAAGGCUUUGCCAGGAUCUGAAUUGUGGCAAUUACUCAAAGGAGAAGAACAGUACAUUUGAGAAGCAAUCUUUCUGGAACAGCUGUGGACAAGGUUCACAAGGCAUCUGGGACUGUAAAAAUCUAACCUCACCCUCUCCUCAGGAGGAGCAGCUCUCCAUUAUAUGUCAAGAUAAGCCCAACAUCACCCUGACAGAUGACUGUCAUGGUAUAGUGAAGAUAAAUGGAAUGGAAGUGUGCGGCAGUCACUGGAGCGAGUCGUAUGCACACUUGGUUUGCCAACAACAGGACUGUAGCAAUGCACUUUUCAGUAAUUUCGUCCCUCGUGACAACAAACAACAAAUGUACUACGUCAGUUGCAGUGACGAUGAUUACGAACUCGGCCAGUGCAGAAGAGUCAGUGGGACGUGUGAUAAAGCGGUGUCUGUUUAUUGUGUUAACAGUAUCGAGUUCGAUAUCACAGAAGAGUGCCGGAUUAAAGUCAAAUAUGGAGAUUCUUGGCACAGUGUUUAUAAAGGGACUCCUGAGGGUGACACAAAACUAAUAGAGCUAUGUGUGGAGCGUAAUUGUGCAAAGAAGAGCAAAACUAUAAAAAAGAGUCAAUUGACAAACACAAAGGAGGUCACAUUGAACAUAUCACUGGAAUGCACUGCCAAUCACAUGGACAUCAGGCACUGUGUCACCAAGGUAGCUCAAAGAAGAGACACACCAGAGGAGAUCCAGUGUCCAGACUAUGUUAAAGAAAGCAAAAAUUCUAAAACACCGGUGAACCCGCCCACCGUGCCUAUAAUCUUGGGAGUUGCGCUGUUUUUGGUUCUGCUGGUGGUGAUUAUUGUAGCUGUACGAAUCUGGAUUGUCAGGAGGAACCAGUUGAGAAUGCCGUCAAGAAAAGAAGUGGAGUUUGAAAGUGGUGACUAUGAGGAUGUCACAAGCAAAGAAAAUGAAAUGGAAGACAUCAGUCGUCACAGAUUUCGAUCAGAGUCUGAAGUCGUCAUGGAGAAUGACGGACAUAGCAUUUCCUCUUUGCCUUAUGAUGAUAUUGAUGAAGUAGCUGAGUCUCAGCCCCUGACUCGUCAGGCUACCACUGCUGGUACCUCAAGAGACAACAACGUCCCUGAAGGGGCCCUCGAUCAAAGAGAUGAUGGGGUGACCUAUGAGGUGGACGACCCACAGGGGAGUUAUGAUGACAUUGAACCCAGCCCUGAAACCACACAGACUAAAGCUGAAGUCCAUGACAGCCCCAAAACUCCUGCUGAAAGUGACACAGUGGCACCCCCAGACUUAGUGCAGGGGGAGAUGGACUACCUUGUGCCGGGCCAAGAUGGGUGAGCCAAAACUGGGUUUAACACCUACCAUAGCAAAAAAAAAAAAAAAAAAAAAAAAAGUGGAUCACCCCAGAUCCCAGCUCCCUUUUGCUCUGACAAAAAUGGAAAAACUCAUUCAAAUGAAUCCAAAUUGCCAACAGACGAACAAUGUUUAAUUCUUUCUAAUGCAGCAGACAUUUGCCAAAAAAAAAGCAAAAAAAAACAAAAACAAAAACAAAAA